CUCGCCUCCUCGCCUCGCCUCGCCGCCGUCUAGUUCGUGGUGGAAGAAGAAGGAGCAGGAGGAGAAGAAGCUUUAGCAAUAUGCAAGAAACGGUGGUCGAGGGGUCGGAGGAGCUGGCGACGCCGGGAGACGUGCUGGGUCGAGCAGCGGAAGUCAAGCCGGGACGAGGCGCCUACCUGGCGCCCCACAGCAACCUCGUCUACGCCUCCCUCACCGGGCGCGUCCGCACCGUGUCUCCCCCGCCCGACGCGCCUGACCAGAGGCCGACUGUGGAAGUGAUUGGUCACAAAGCCCAUGGUGCAGUUCCAGAGCCAGGUUCUGUUGUUAUUGCAAGAGUGACUAAAGUGUUGAAUAGGAUGGCCUCAGCUGACAUACUUUGUGUUGGUCCGAAGUCCGUCAGGGAAAAGUUCACAGGAAUAAUUCGGCAACAAGAUGUUAGGGCGACUGAGAUCGACAAAGUUGAUAUGCACUUAUCUUUUCGGCCGGGUGACAUUGUCAGAGCUCUUGUUCUGUCCCUUGGAGAUGCACGAGCUUAUUAUUUGUCAACCGCGAAGAACGAACUUGGUGUCCUGUCGGCAGAGAGUGCAGCAGGUGCAACAAUGGUUCCGGUAAGCUGGACAGAGAUGCAGUGUCCAUUAACUGGUCAAACCGAGAAGAGAAAGGUAGCAAAAGUCGGCAGCUGACGGAUUCUUAUACAAGUUUUCUCGAGAUUGCCCUGUAACUAGGCAUUGCACCACACGCCAUGAUGUUUCCAAUCCACAUCUCAUCCUCUGAGUGGAAGGUGGUGCACUUGUACCUGAAAGACGAUAAAUGCACUUAAAAGCAUUCUAAUUUAAGAUUGUUAUUACUGCUUAUUUGAGCUCAAUACAUGAUUGAGAGGUCUGGUAGUUUCAACUAGUAAGAAAACACAUGCUACUGGGCUUAGAUGAUAUAAUGUGUCGGUUGGGUUAGACGAACAUGACGAAUUGUGUGGUUAGCGAAAAAUACAAUUUCGUGUUUCUUAUUAUAUUCCAAGAACGGUCCAGGUUUACUACGAGAAAUCUAUGCAUUC